GCUUAAAACUGGACACGUCUGGGAGCUUUUGCCGACUUCACAUUUUCAAGAUAACGCUUAUUGACAUUGUUGCAUUGUUUCGUUGGGAGCAAUUACCUUUGUAUUCGGGCGUGUAUAUCUGGCGUUUAUCCUGAUUGGGUGGACCAUUUCCAGGGAAAGCGAAAGUUAGUCUAACAAGAAAGCAAUCAUGGAGAUGCAGGAUGCCGCCGUUAAGGAAGAGCAACGUGAAGAGGAUCAAGGAGCAUAUGAAAGCCUGCUGACGGCCCAAAGCAAAGAGGGAUCAGACCGAGCCCACUACAGUGAACUGCAGAAGCCAUCUGAGGACGUUUACGCCGAGGCUUGUUUCGGUGCUACAAACAAAACCCAAGACAAACCACCUCAAGGUGCCAUGCAGUGUUACCGUGUUGGAUGCUUGAUCCUGACUCUGGUCUGCUUGGGGCUGCUGGUGACCGUCAUUGUCCUCGUCAUCAAAUGUGGCUCCACUGACUGCCCGGAGAAUCCGGUUCCACAGCCGUACGACAUGAACCAGAGCAAGACUUGCCGUUCUAAGGGUGCACCCGGAUGUUAUUGCUACAGCGAGUGCCCCACCGGGUGGCUGAGGCUGGACAAGUCGUGUUUCUACCUGUCCACGUUCAGGCUGAGCUGGGAGAAGAGCCAGAAGAACUGCUCAGAGGAAGGGGGCUCUCUGGCGGUGAUCAGCAGCCAUAAAAUCCAGAACUUCCUGACUCAAAAGGGGAAAGACAUCAAGUACUGGAUCGGCCUGCGACUCAUCGGGACCACAUGGACAUGGCUCAACAACACUGUGGUUGGACAGAGUUACUGGAGAGACAACGUGACCCAGGGGGACUGUGGGAUUCUGAGCAGUGGGGACCAGACGGAGAACAACUGGAUGAAAUACUCGUGCCGGGCUUACACCUACUACAUCUGUCAGCUGCCGCUCCAAACAGCAAUUCUGGAAGUGUAGCUUUUUUUUUUUUUUUUUUUUAAAUAGAUGCACUGCAAUUUGAGAUUUGUAGCACAGUAUAUUGUUUCUACCAACUUUUCUUUUUACAUAAAUAUGUGGCCACAAUAUUAGGCACACCUACACAUUCUCUAGCCAGUAGAUACAGAAGAUAGAUUCAUUUUACUAGCAGAAUCAUUUAGAGCUACAGUUAUAAUUAUUUACAUACAUACCACCAACACAGUAAUAAUAAGAAAAUAAUGAAUGAUUGUUAUCUCUUUGAUACAGUUGCCGGCGAGUGCAUAUGUCAUUUUAAUGAAAAUUGAGUGUUUAUUAUGGGUGUAACAAAUACAUGUAUUUAUAUUCUGAUUGAACUGGCAUGCAGCGGUACCAGGUACACAUUUCAAGUGAGGGACAGGAAGUGUACAUUGAGUGUUAUAUAGAUGAACCGUGGCCACCGAGGUACGUAUCGAACCUUGAGGAUGCCGUAACCUUACACCCCUAGUGUUGACAUAUUAUUAUUCUAUAGUACUCAAAGCUCACAGUCCUAAACUUUGCUUCAAUAAUACAAUAUGCAGUUGCCCCUCGCUACUUGGCGGUUCAAAUUUCACUCUAUCAUGUUUUUUCCAAAAUAUAUUCAUGACUAAAUCAUUGUGUUUUGUGGUUUAACAAAGCCUAUUAUUAGUCAAAAAUAUGCAUAUUAAAGCAAAUUGUAUUUUUUUCCCCCUAAAUUAAGCAUUUUCAAGCAUAAAAAUGGCCAAAUGAAGUAAAAUAGAAAUACAAGGCAUUCAGAAGACGCAUUCAAAGGUGUGUAGUAUUCUACCCUGGUCACUAGGUGUCAGUAAUGUUACUGUUAAUGUUGGGUGAGACACACAGUCGCCAGACUUGUUGACCAACAAGGCUUUUAUUGCAGGUUUGAAUGAUCUCCCAACAGGCACAAUAACCCCUAAGAAAAAUCCCUAAUAAAAACACGGGCUACUGUUGCAGCCGUAACCUACUCCAAGCUAAAACCCAACUCUAAAACCCUGACAUUAAUUCCUGUCCGCCUGCCACUCUGCUCCUUUAGGAGCUCCUUUAUAACAACACACUUAUUUAUGUCUUAAAUGGCUUAUUUAAUUUGAUUAUGUCUACUAUAUUUGGUAAUACAAGCGUAAAAUUGACUACAGGGGUGUCAUUUCACGUCUAGCGGGCUCUAAUAAUGUUAAAACACGUAUUCAGAGGGUCGCAAACAAGUUAAAAUAUGAUUGGUCAUCAUGGCAUGGUCUGGAACCAAUUAACCGCCAUCGGAGUGCGAGGGAUUACUGUAUAUACCAUUUUUCUUUUUUGCAGCAAUUUCGGUUCAUUUCCUUCAAUUACUUGAAUA